CACUUAUCCUCUUACUCUUUCUCCAUCCGCUCAUCUCCUCUCUUCUCUCUUCCUCAACCUCGCUUUAUUCCAUAGAAAUAAUGGCUGUUCCCUACAGGCCUGACCUCCUUGCCCCGUACCUCGCUCUUCCUCAGGGUGAGAAGAUCCAGGCUGAAUACGUCUGGGUUGACGGUGACGGCGAGCUACGAUCAAAAACCACGACCGUCACGAAGAAAGUCACGGAUGUUAGCGAGCUUCGUCAGUGGGAUUUUGACGGUUCAUCGACAAACCAGGCCGAUGGUGGCGACUCUGAUGUGUACCUUCGUGCUGUCGCCGUCUUCAAGGAUCCCUUCCGUGGCGGUGACAAUAUCCUCGUUAUGUCGGAGACCUACAACAACGAUGGCACUCCGAACAAGACCAAUCACCGCGCCGCGGCCAAGAAGAUCAUGGAAGCUGCCGCAGCAGAUCAGCCAUGGUUUGGUCUCGAGCAGGAGUACACGCUGAUGGGUAUGGAUGGUCGGCCAUUUGGCUGGCCAGUAGGUGGAUUCCCUGGUCCUCAGGGUCCAUACUACUGCGGUGCUGGUGCCGGAAAGGUGUUUGCGCGUGACCUGGUGGAAGCGCAUUAUCGGGCCUGCUUGUAUGCGGGCAUCAACAUCUCCGGCAUUAACGCCGAAGUCAUGCCUUCUCAGUGGGAAUUCCAGGUCGGGCCUUGUGAGGGUAUCUCGAUGGGCGACCAUCUCUGGAUGGCGCGCUAUCUUCUCAUCCGUAUUGCCGAGCAGUGGGGCAUUAAGGUGUCAUUCCAUCCCAAGCCUUUGCCAGGUGACUGGAAUGGUGCCGGAUGCCACACAAAUUUCUCAACAAAGGCGAUGCGUGAGGCUGGUGGUCUCGACCACAUCAAGAAGGCUAUCGAGAGGCUUUCGAAACGCCAUCUGGAACACAUUGCCGUGUACGGCGCUGACAAUGAGCUCCGUCUUACUGGUCGUCACGAGACUGGCCACAUCUCUCAGUUCUCGUCAGGUGUUGCAAACCGUGGAGCGUCGAUUCGUAUCCCGCGCCAUGUCGCCCACAAAGGCUUCGGAUACCUUGAGGACAGGCGCCCUGCUUCGAAUAUUGACCCGUACCAAGUUACCGCUAUCAUUGUCGAGACUGUCUGCUUGUAGGAUUGAGGUCUAGAACUCUCUAGAUGUGAUGCUUUGCGUGUUACUCGGAAUAAAGGCAGUUUAUCAAAUAAUACUAGUAUCAUUUGCUUCCGCAUGUUGAGUGCAGACUUUGUGAACAUUAGAAAACCUAGACCUGGUGUUUGUAAUCAGCUUCGCGUCGAUCAUUCGUCGUGGGGUGCGAGUCAUACAGUGCUUCAUUCACUUCAUUAUAAAUAUACACAAC